AUGUUGCUCCAUACGAGUUCCCUGCUAAAUGUGCACACCCGUCUACAGCGACUGAUUGUGCAAUGUUCAAAUAACACAGGAGGCAUGAAGGUUCGGCUGGCCAAACUAGAAGUUGAGGGAGAACCUGUCUUUUUGAAGCGUCGUGUCAUCCCCUAUGGCCAGCGUGAAGAUGUGUUGAAAGCUCUGGAGAAAAUGGAGCGUGACGGCAUCCUCACUCGAGUAACAUCCAGCGCGUGGGCAACACCAAUUGUGAUCGCAAUGAAAAGUGAUGGAGGCAUGAAAGUUCGACCGGCCAAACUGGAAGUUGAGGGAGAACCUGUCUUUUUGAAACGCCGUGUCAUUCCCUAUGGCCAACGUGAAGGUGUAUUGAAAGCUCUUGAGAAAAUGGAGCAUGACGGCAUCCUCACUCGAGUAACAUCCAGCGCGUGGGCAACACCAAUUGUGAUCGCAAUGAAAAGUGAUGGUAAGACACCAAGAAUUUGUGGUGACUACAGACUAACACUCAACCCCCGGCUGCGAAAGUGUGCGACUACUACCAUGGAACCAGAAGAUUUCAUGAAAGCUUUACAUGGCAGCACAUAUUUUUCGAAGAUUGACUUGGCUGAUGCCUACCUCCAGAUUCCUCUUGAUCCUGCAUGCCGCCAAUUCACUACGAUCAAUACACCAUGGGGAUUAUACCAGUACAACUUUCUACCAUUUGGUCUCCACACAUCAUCCGGCAUAUUCCAGGCGGCCAUAGACGAAGUCAUUCAUGGACUUGAUGGCGUCCUAGCGUACCAAGAUGAUAUCAUUGUUUUUGGUGCAACGAAAGCCGAACAUGACGACCGCCUCACUAAUCUCCUGGAACGGUUCGCCCAGAAAAACGUGUCAAUUCGUGCUUCCAAGUGUAUGUUCAGUUCCCCA